AUGUCUGCGCCGGACAGCAACGACACGGGAGGAAACUCCUCGGUGGCCCGACCGCCGCGAGUCCCAGCAUCUGAUAGCGAGCCCGAAAUAGUACAUAGUUUCGAUGAAUCGAAGCCAACAGAAAGCCAUGCGCUUGCUGAGGACAGCCAAACCGGAGAGGUUGACCAGAAGGGGAGUUGCCAGCUCGAUCACAACGACACAGAAGUGAAGAACCUGGGAUGGAACGACGACGUUGACAAAAUUCCGCAACCCUUGGUCGGCGGAAUUGAAAAUGAAAACCUUUGGACGCUGAUUCGAAGAUUCAACAAACAAAUAUUCGUCGUCAAAAGCAUCGACCAACCCCCACUGGCCAAUCUUGACCUAAACAUCGCCGAUGAGGAGGAGUUCUCCCCAGAAAAGCUACGUGCUCAGUUGGAGAGACUCUACAUGGUUGUGAUAUUGAGUCUCUUGGGUGGUUGGAAACAUGUUGUUCGACUUCGGUCAUGGAAAGAACAUCAGCGCACUUCUUCCUUCCUCGCUGUCUACUCCAUAGCCUGGCUUCUGGACUUACUCAUGCCGGUUGCUUUCUUGUUUUUGAUCACUUUGGUUCUCUCACCAGAGUCGCGUGAAUUCUGCUUCCCACCUGCUCCAAUAGCCCUAAUUGAUGAAGCCACAGGAGGUGUUAAAAAACCUCCAGCUGGUGUUCUUGGGUCCGAUGAUACAUUCACUGGUGCACCUGAAAAGCACCGUGGAGAGGCUGUCGAGAAAGAAGCUCAUAGCUUCGUCAACAGUAUAUCAUCGCUGGUGGUCAGUACAGCUGCGGGCAAACAUCCUCAAGGCGAUCCCCACGAAGGCGAUUCAGCGCCAGACCCAACUGAGAUGACCAUGGAAAUUACACACGCCAAAGAUGCAGGGGAGGGCGAGAUACCAACACAUGAGCAUGAUAGGACAAAGGCUCCGGUUUCUCACGCUGUCUGGGAUCGAGCGCGCCCACUCAUGCACGCAGUUGCAGAUGUAGUUGAUACAUGGGAGAGGUUCGGGAAUGCUCUAAACCCAACAGUGCCGUUUCCCAAGAAUAGGACUAGGUUGAGGCUUGCGGCCUGUUUGGUGCCCAUGUUUCUUGGAUCGUACUUGACGAGCUCCUACAUGCUCGUCAAGGGGAUCGGCUUCGCCGUAGGGUUUGGUUUCUUUGGUUCGCCCAUUAUGGAGCCUGCCCUCGACUACCUCAACACAAAUUAUCCUCGUUGGCAGGAGCAUUUACAGCUUCGACACAGUAUUCUUAGAGGUGUUCCGACCAACGCACAGCUCACUAUCACAUUGCUUCGUGUGGGAGAGAAGAACCACGCUCCCAUUCCUCCGCCCCCACGAUCAGAUACCCCACCCCCAGUUAAACCCCAUGAGAGCGCUGGAGAGAAUCUGGAUCAUCUAGUGCCAGAAGGUGCAACAGAUGGAGAGAUACAGGAAGCCAUCCAGCCCGACGAAGAACUACUCCAGGAAAAGCACGAGCCUGGGGUAUCAAAACCGAAAACAGCUCGACGAAUCCUAAACCUCAUCAAAGGUACUGCCAAGGGAGGCGUGGAAACAGCUCUGGCUGCGGACAAAGCAAAAGCUACGGCUGGAGCUCGACAGGCUCGUAAUCGACUGGGGGUCGUACGCAAGAGCAAAGAGAUUCCAGCGCGAGGGCCCGUUUCGUUCCCAGCCCGAUUCAAGGGUAAGAAGGGUCACGUUUAUGUGACAACCAAGGCCACGACACCCGCGGUGAGCUGGACUAGCGAUCUCGGGGAUAUGAAUCCCGCCUGGACGGUUGCAAUUGGUGAUAUAUUAGAAUUGAGGAAGGUUGGGGGCCUGGGCUGGAAGAGCAAGCUUAUCGUUGGGUGGGCUCUAGGAAGCGAAGUUGUUGACGGGAUAAUAGUGAAGACCCGGGGCGGUGAUGAGUUACAUCUCACGGCGAUCAGCACCCGCGACGAUCUCUUUAAUCGCCUUAUUUCUAUGGGCGGGCAGAUGUGGGAGGUCUGGUAA